GGUAUAUAAAGCUGCUCGGCGGCUCUCUGGUCCACUGACGGUGAGGAGGCAGACAGCUGCAACAUGCCUGUGACCGGAGCGGGAAUCCACCAGACUGGAGGCAAACCAGCAGCAGCCACUACAGAGGCGAAGCAUGCCAACAUGAACUCCCAGUCCGACAACGGCCACCAGCAGCAGUCUGAUAUCGGCUGCAACCACCAGGGUCCAAACCAGAACCACAAACAACAGCAUGCAGACGGACCUGAGAUGCAGGCCCUGCCAAUGCCGAUCCCAGACCCCCCUAUUCAGUACACUAAGUUGUUCAUCAAUAAUGAGUGGCAUGAGUCCUGCAGCGGGAGGAAGAUUCCUGUGUGUGAUCCGGCCACAGGGAGUCUGCUGUGUGAAGUGGAGGAGGCUGAUGCAGAAGACGUGGACAAAGCAGUGAGGAGUGCCAGAGCCGCCUUCCAGAUGGGCUCACCGUGGCGGUCCAUGGACGCCUCAGACCGAGGUCAACUACUCAACAGACUUGCUGACUUAGUGGAGAGAGAUCGGCUACUACUGGCAACACUAGAGGCUCUGGACUCUGGCAAAGUGUUUCUCAUGGCGUAUUUUGUGGAUUUGAUGGCAACAAUCAAAACCUUGAGAUAUUAUGGAGGCUGGGCCGACAAGAUUCACGGCAAAACAAUCCCUGUAGAUGGAGAGUAUUUUACUUACACGCGACAUGAGCCCAUAGGAGUAUGUGGCCAGAUCAUCCCUUGGAACUUCCCAGUGAUGAUGUUUGCGUGGAAGAUUGCUCCGGCUCUGUGCUGUGGCAACACUGUAGUCAUCAAACCUGCUGAACAGACUCCAUUAUCAGCCCUGCACAUGGCUGCACUCAUCAAAGAGGCUGGGUUUCCUCCAGGAGUGGUGAACGUGUUGCCAGGUUAUGGUCAGACAGCAGGCUGCGCCAUUUCACACCACAUGGACAUCGACAAAGUAGCCUUCACCGGAUCUACUGCUGUGGGGAAGCUCAUCCAGAAGGCUGCAGGUGACAGCAACUUGAAAAGAGUUACACUUGAACUUGGCGGGAAAAACCCAAACAUCGUCUUUGCUGACUGUGACUUAGAGUACGCAGUGGAGCAGGCCCACAGUGGUCUGUUCUUUAACCAGGGCCAGUGCUGUCUGGCUGGAUCCAGGGUGUUUGUAGAAGAACCGAUCUAUGAGGAGUUUGUCCACCGCAGUGUGGAGAAGGCCAGAGGGAAAGUCCUGGGAAACCCAUUAAUGCCAGGAGUCGACCAAGGACCACAGAUUGACCAGAAGCAGUUUGAUAAGAUAAUGGAGCUGAUAGAGAGCGGGAAGAGGGAGGGAGCCACGCUGGAGUGUGGGGGGUCUGCAUGGGGCCAGCAGGGACUUUUCAUCCAACCCACAGUCUUCUCAAAUGUCACAGAUGACAUGCGCAUCGCCAAAGAAGAGAUUUUUGGUCCAGUGCAGCAGAUCAUGUGUUUCCGUAGCGUCCAUGAAGUCAUCCAGAGAGCCAACGCCACACACUACGGCCUGGCAGCAGGAGUGUUCACCAACGACAUCGACAAAGCGCUGACAGUCUCCUCUGCUCUGCAGGCUGGCAUGGUCUGGGUGAACUGCUACAAUGCCAUGAGUGCUCAGUGUCCCUUUGGUGGCUUCAAGAUGUCAGGAAACGGGAGGGAACUGGGGGAAUACGCUCUUCAGGAGUACACCGAGGUCAAGGCAGUCACCAUCAAAAUCUCCCAGAAGAACUCAUAAUAUCACAUCACAGGACUGACUUCUUUGCGUCUUUUUAAUUUUCUGCCACCUCACGGCUUCACAGCUCACACGUUUUGCAAUAAUCAAAUACUUCUGAACAUUUACUCCAAUUUCUCCUGAGAUAUAACUAUUUUUUCAACUUCUUAUCAAUGUCGUGUCUCUGUGACAACAUUAUUUCUCUAGUGUACCCUCUCAGAUGUAUUUAACAGUUUAGUGGACAGCAUGUUCUCUGUAGUCUGUUAUGUGUACGUUAGCUUAAGAGAUCCUGUUUCUGUUAAGCAGUAGCGACUAAAAUAGCACUUUGCCAGAGAAGAAUUAUUUUAAUAGAUGUCAUACAAAAAAAUAGAAAGAUUUUAAACACUAUUUACAGGGAUUUCCAAAUGAAAUCAAUAAAUCUGUUGACCCAUAUAAAGAACCAGUAAACCUUACACUGAUUGCAA